AUGGCACCGAAGAAGGACAAGGCACCGCCACCGUCGUCGAAGCCGGCGAAGUCUGGAGGAGGCAAGCAGAAGAAGAAGAAGUGGAGCAAAGGAAAGCAAAAGGAGAAGGUCAACAACAUGGUGCUCUUCGACCAGGGCACGUACGACAAGCUCAUCGCUGAGGCACCGAAGUAUAAGCUCAUCACACCCUCCAUUCUAUCCGACCGUCUCAGGAUCAAUGGGUCGCUGGCGAGGAAGGCCAUAAGGGACUUGAUGGCCAGAGGGGCGAUUAGGAUGGUUUCUGCUCAUGCCAGCCAGCAGAUCUACACCAGGGCCACCAACACCUAG